CUCCAACCAUCCCACCUGUAGUCUCUGUUUUAAACACUCCGUGGGAUGAAACUAAAAGGUUGUGAAUUUUACCCUGAAUUGAUGGAUGCCGAUCCUUACUGAGUUUGAAAAGUGGAUAUUAGCCACCAAGAAUCAGAGGUGAAGAAUAUUAUAACGAAGUUCACAGUAAGAUUUGAUUCCUGUGUAGUUUCACUCAUAAUAUGGACUCCCUUUCCAAAAGUUAAUUUUUGUUUUUAUGCAAGUUGUCUGUAGAAGUUAAAAUAUAGUUCGUCUAAACAGCCUAGUAAGUCCUUCAGCAUGGCUACCAAUGCCACCAUGGAAGCAGCAGACAUUGGUGUAGUAGCCGUCUACUUCAUCCUGGUGCUUGGAAUUGGUUUCCUGGCGAUGCUGAAAGCCAAUCGAGGGACAGUGAGUGGCUACUUCCUGGCUGGUCGCUCUAUGAACUGGGCUGCAGUGGGAGCAUCUCUCUUUGUCAGCAACAUAGGGAGCGAGCAUUUCAUCGGACUCGCAGGGUCGGGUGCUGCUAGCGGGUUCAGUGUGGCUGCAUGGGAGUUAAACGCUCUACUACUGCUUCAAUUACUGGGUUGGGUGUUCAUCCCUGUGUACAUUCAGUGUGGAGUCUUCACAAUGCCGGAGUACCUUUCCAAACGAUAUGGAGGAAGGCGCCUGAAAGUGUAUUUUGCUGCUUUAUCUCUCGUGCUUUACAUCUUCACCAAGCUGUCUGUGGACCUCUAUUCAGGAGCCUUGUUCAUCCAGGAAUCCUUAGGGUGGAACCUUUAUCUUUCCAUCAUUCUCCUCAUUGCCAUGACUGCUGUGCUGACAGUCACAGGAGGUCUGGUCGCUGUGAUCUACACAGACACAGUUCAAGCAUUUCUGAUGAUUGUCGGAGCGCUCUGUCUUACAGGAAUCAGCUUUGUCAAAGUUGGAGGCCUUGAAGGGUUAAGAACCAGGUACAUGCAGGCCAGUCCAAACGUCACUGCCAUUCUUCUGUCUUUCCCUAAUCUGACAUAUUCAGCAUCCUGCGACCAUCACCUGCACCCAAAACCAGAUUCUUUGAAAAUCCUGCGAGGCCCAAAAGAUCCAGACCUGCCUUGGCCUGGUUUCUUGCUGGGUCAAACUCCUGCAUCAGUCUGGUACUGGUGUGCAGACCAGGUGAUCGUACAGCGGGUUCUGGCUGCAAAGAACAUUGCUCACGCCAAAGGGUCUACUAUAAUGGCAGGCUUCCUUAAAAUUCUCCCCAUGUUUAUCAUUGUCAUCCCAGGGAUGAUUUCCAGGGUCCUCUUUGCGGAUGAGUUGGCAUGCAUCAGUCCAGAACAUUGCAUGGAAGUGUGCGGUUCUGCAGCCGGCUGCAGCAACGUGGCGUACCCACGGCUUGUCAUGUCGGUGAUGCCAGUUGGUUUCCGCGGACUGAUGAUGGCGGUCAUGAUCGCUGCUUUGAUGAGUGAUUUGGACUCCAUCUUCAACUCUGCAAGCACCAUAUUCACGCUGGAUAUUUACAAAAUGCUACGAAAGGACGCCACGUCCAAAGAACUGGUGAUAACUGGCAGGCUUUUUGUUGUCUUCAUGGUGACCAUAAGCAUUGCUUGGGUACCGGUUAUCAUUGAAAUGCAAGGUGGACAGAUGUUUUAUUAUAUCCAAGAAGUGUGCGAUUAUUUAACUCCCCCUGUAGCAGCGCUGUUCUUGCUUGGUAUCCUGUGGCAUCGCUGUAACGAAACGGGGGCUUUUUGGGGUGGAGUGGUAGGCUUUUCUCUUGGAGCUUUGAGGUUGAUUUUAGGUUUUGUGUACCGAGAACCACACUGCAACCAGCCUGACAACCGCCCGUCCUUCAUAAAAGAUGUCCAUUUCAUGUAUGUAGCAGCGUUUUUGUUUUGGGUGUCGGCUAUAAUAAUUGUUGUUGUAAGUCUCUGCACUCCUCCGCCAGAAAAAGAGCAAAUCAGAACAACUACUCUAUGGGGGUUAAAGAUGAGAAGGAAGCUAAAAGCACAAGAAAACAGUAUUUGUAAAGAGGAGAGUAACAGUUUUAACCUUCUAGAUCACACAACUGAAAUUGGAAAUGGUGUUGUUGGAGAAGAAUCGCUCCAUUGCGACCAAAACAAGCUUAACAGAUUUAGCAGACCUGAAAGUAAAGAGGAAAACCCUCAAUCAACAGAUGGUUAUGUUAUUCCAGCCCACCCCACACUCCAAAAUGGAUGCUAUAAUCAGAUCUCUGAACCUAGACUGGGGAAUGAAGGAGAAAGGAGAGGAGAGGAAUGCCAUGGAGAGUUAGUGGAAAAAGUGAAAUGUGUUAAUGUUUUUGAACGUAUUUGUGGUCUCCAGGACGAAUCUUCACAAACGCAGGUCAUUACAUUCCAAGAGCAGGAGAAAAUUAUCAAUGAGCUUCUUUACGAACCUCCCAGGACCAAAAUUAUACUAAACACAGCACUGGUGCUGGUUUGCUCUGUUGGGAUAUUUCUGUUUUGGUAUUUCUCCUUAUAGGCAAAGAACAGGUCAAACAAGGAUUUGCACUAAUCAGAUCUUCUUUCUUGGGCCACAAUUAGCCACGAUCAGCUUUUUAUCCAAAUCUAACACACUGUAUUUUUUAGGGAUCAAGAUUUUCAGGAUCAAGAGUCAAGAAUAGACAAAAUAUUAGAACAUUAGUCACAGCGUAAGUUUCCUUCUGUUUCAUUCCUUCCUCUCUCCUUUUGGCAGUAAACGGAGUGGAUAACUGGUGCCAGAAAUAUCACAAGUAACACUAUACACACCCACCUCUUAGGAAGUAUAGUCAGGGUAGAAUAUAUAAAUGUAAAUUUUACCCUUUUUUCUUGUAAAAUAUCUAGGGCCCAAAAUAUCGACUACUUUUAUUCUUUGGUACCACUUUUUCAUGUUUUUAAGGUUCAAUCUUUUUACCUUCUUUCUUGAUUAAACAUGUAACUCAACCAUCAUGUUGGUACCCAAGCUAAACAAAAACAAAAUACAUUGUCCAAUGACCAACAAUACACUCAAUGCAUUAUACUUAAAUAGUUUUUCUCUAAACAUUUGAUUUACAUUGUGCCUAAGUUUUUUUAAAUGAAGAACUUUGUAAUUUUAAAUGGACUGGUGUGUGAUGCUGGUAAUAAAUGACCUUGUCAGGAUAUUCAUUAAAUUGAAGUUCAAUUUCAGUAAGUUUACCUGAUAAACUUGAUUGUAAAACACUGUUUUAAAGUAGUAAUCCUAAUAUGUUGAUCAAAUUAAGUUGAUGUUUUGGUCUCGUUACUCAACACUUUUAAGAUCAUUUUCAGAGUGUCCUACAUAAUAAAAAGAAGACUCAAUAAAUGACGGUUUGGUUUUGUCAUUCCGAAGCU